AUGAACGGCUACUUCUCUCGGUGUGCCCAAGAACUGAUGCGGAUUCACACGCCUCACGAGAUGGUGGAAUCUGAAUACGACCCGCUUGAGAUUCCGGGCCUGUCGGAUAGGAUCGUGGUGACAAGGUCGCAGCUUCUGAAUUUUCACAAGCGUCCAGGCGGCUGGAAGCUGCCAGGUCGGAUGUGGAGUUCGGAGGACAGGAAUCUUGGGGUUGUGGUGAAUAGCUUUCUCGAUCUGGAAUCGACAAAUGUGGAGUACUUCAAGGAGGAGACGGCGAAGAAAGCUUGGGGCGUCGGACCAGUGUCGCUGUGCAAUAGGAAUGUGGAGGAUAUGGCUGAGAGAGGGCAACAAGCGGCUAUUGACGAGCAGAGUUGCUUGAGUUGGCUCAAUGCUAGAGAACCCAACUCCGUCCUUUAUGUUCGUCUUGGGAGUCUGGCCAAGUUGACCCCGGAGCAACUCCUUGAGAUUGCAUAUGGUCUCGAGGCUUCGAGCUGUUCGUUCAUUUGGGCGGUUGGGAAAAUCUUUGAGUCGUCGGAAAAUGGAGAGAGAGGCGGAGAGGGUUGGCUUCCGAGUGCGUUCGAGAGACUGAAGGAGUCCUAGAGAGGGUUGAUUAUCGGAGGAUGGAUGCCGGAGCAGUUGAUUCUCGAACACCCUCCGGUGGGUGGGUACAUGACACACUGCGGAUGGAACUCGACUCUGGAGGGCGUGAGCGCCGGAGUUCCGAUGGUCACUUUCCCGCGAUCAGCCGAGCAGUUUUUCAAUGAGAAACUGGUCACUGAUGAGUUGAGGGUUGGGGUCCAGGUCGGAAGCAUGGAGUGCACAUCUUGGAACAGCAAGCCGGGCCCGCCGGUGGGUAGGGAGAAAGUGGAGGCGGCCGUGAGGAAAGUGAUGGACGGAGUAGAGCAGGCGGCGGAGAUGAGGAGAAGAGCCAAAGAUCUUGGAGAGAAGGUCGAGAGAGCGGUCGAACAAGGCGGGUCGUCAUAUGAAGAUGCCGAGGCCUUGAUUCAAGAGCUCAAGUCUCGCAAGAAGGUCUAA